AUGAUGAUCGAUCUAACUGGAGACUUCCCACAGGAAGAUUCUCGCUUCGACUGGCAACGCAUCAAUCACAACUUGUUAGAAGUGAUCUUGAUCAGAUAUACUGUACCAUUCAAGCUCAACGAACUUGUGUUUAUAGACGUACUGGUGGUCAACAACACUCGGCAAAUCCAAGGAAGAAUGCACAGCUUUCAUAUGGACCGAAAAGAUGGAUUCGGCUGCGACUGGGACAAUACAAAUUUGACGGACGAGGGAGAUUUCCUCAUCGAUGCGGAUGCUCACGAUGCCCAAGUAAUGAUGAACUUGCACGACGCCUGCAUGUGCUGCGUGUACUUUACAUCUAAAACAG